AUGAUUACAUUAAAAACUAUAUUAUUUUUAAUUUUUUUAGUUUCAUUUGUUUCAUCAGAUAAUAAAAUUAAACCACCUAUAGCAUGGGAGGUAAUACGCAAUGAAACUUCUUUGAUAUUAACAUAUUAUAAAAGUCAACCUUAUGUUACGAGUCUUAUUAUGUUCAAAGACAAAACCACUCCAAGAACUGAUUUUCCAAAUUAUUUUAAUUGUAGUCUCAUUGUUGGAGAAUUUAGAUAUUGUAUAUUCCAUUCUGAACUUCCUUUUUCAAGAUUCUGGGGUAGUAUUUAUAGUAAGGUAUGUGCAAGAGAAGAAGCAGAUCCAAGAGAGGAUUGCACGUCCUAUACAUUAGAUGAAGUGAUAUAUAUUCAUCCAUAUAAUGUUAAAUUUAGUGGGCCUGUACCAACAUCAGGAGGUGAUAUUAUUAUUAACGGUACUUUUUUAAGAAUCUCAGGAGGUCCAAAUACAAUGGAUUAUGUCGUCCAUGGUUCUUUUUCGAAAGUGGUUGUCAAAGGUAAUUUCUCAGAUCCAUCAUUUAACUGUAAUAAUAUCACCGUUACGAUUCCACCAGGUGGCGGAUUUUUUAAACUAAUUUUUGGCGAACUUGGAGGAGGAGAAUUUGAUAUUUCAUAUGCACUUCCAAUAAUUUCAGAUAUUGUCCAGGAUUCAUCAAAACAACUAAUUACAGUUAAUGGCCAUAACUUUUUUACUGAUAAUGGAUUGGUAGGUGUUUUUUUUGAUAAUGUCUACCAAAAAAAUAUAAAUAUUACAAUCAAUCAUACACAAAUUCAAGUGAUGGGAUUUAAUAGAGUUGAUCCUGGUCCAAUGUCUAUUGCUAUUGUUAUAAAAGAUGUAUAUAUCGAAAAGAAUUAUAUUCAUUGUUUCCCAGCAAUAAUAACAUCAAUAUCAUCAGUAUCAAAUGAAUUGGGUGGUAUUGUAACAAUUAAAGGUUCAAAGUUAUCUUCAACUUCAAAUUCAUCAUUAAUUCCAACAAUUACAAUUGGUAAAAAACAAUGUAAAUUUAUUAAAUCAUCAACAACUGAAUUAGAAUGUAAAUUAGAUCCAAAUGAAUUUGGCGGUAAAAAGUUAUCAGUUGAUGUUAAUUUCAAUGGUUGUAAUUCAACAAGUUCUAGUAGUAUUCCUGUAACAUUUACAUAUAAUAUCCCAACAUUAUCAAGUGGGUCAUUUUCAAAUGGUGUCGUUGCUUUAAUUGGGAAAAACCUAGGAAAUUAUGAUGAAUCAUUCAUUCAAUUAUAUGCAAGUGGAAUUAAUACAAAAAUUGACAAAUUUUAUACAUCAUCUGAUGAAAAGAGUAUAUCAUUUAAAUUACCACUUUUGAGAUGUAAAUCAUUUAAUAUAAGUUUCAAUAGUGAUGGGAUUUCUUCAAAUGUACUUUCAAUUUCAGCAUCAUUAUCAAUUAAUGUAAUUAAUAAACCAUCAGUACCAAAUGGAACAUUAAAUAUUGAAUUUUAUUAUAUCGAUUGUUCAAUUAGUUCAUCAUCAACACCAUAUAUUACAGUUGGUAACUUCUUUACCUAUCAAUGUUCAAUACCAUCAUUACAAUCACCAACAUUAGAUUUUUAUCAAACAUCAUGUUCAAUACCAUAUGGUACUGGUAUGAAUAAACAAUUCACAUUCAAAUAUUAUUCAUAUGAAGUAAAUGAAAAAUUUUCAUAUUCACCACCAAAAGUUGAAUCACGUUCAUUCUCUAAUGAUAAAACUAUUAUUACAAUUAAUGGUAAUAAUUUUGGUAAUUCAAAAUCAUUGAUUCAAGUUUAUUUCAAUGGUAAUGAUAUUUCAUCAAAAAUUCAAUCAUUAAAUAAUAAUCAAUUUACAUUUAAAAUAUUAAAUUCAUAUAAAAGUGGUCCAAUUAAUAUUACUGUAGAUGGUAGUAGUAUGGAUUCGUUAUUUUAUUUAACAUUACCCCCUAUUAUUAAUGAUAUAAUAAAUAAAGAUAAUAAAACAUUAAGUUGUGGAAGUUUAAUUACAGUUUCAGGCAAUAAUUUAUUAACAAAUGAUGAAGAAUUCAAAGUUAAAGUAUUAGCAAAUAAUCAAGAUACAACAAUAAUUAAACAAGAUGAAAACAUAUUAUUAGUUAAAUCUGAUAAUAAUGAGAGUCCACUAAAUGUUUCAGUAUUUAUUGGUAAUGAUUUAAUAAUAUCAAAUGUAACAUUAACAUAUUUAGAACCAAUAAUUACAGUAAUUCCAACUAUUAAAAAUAAUAAAGAUGGUAUUUCAAUAAUAAUUGGUGGGAUUAGUUUGUCAAAUAUUAUUAAUGCAAGUUUAACACUCUCUUCAAAUGAUAAUAAUAAUACUAUAAUACCUCUUAAAUGUAAUUUACAAUGUAGUUUGUCCCCAAAUGGCACAUUUUAUAUUAAUAAUACAAUAAGUUCAAAUGAAAUUGAUAUUACUAAUCGUUUAUUAUGCCAUUCAAACUCAAUUGUUAAUGAGACAUCAGGAGUAUUAAAUCUUCAUUUUACUUCGAUAUCAUUCCAUCAUUUUGUUAAAAUUGAUGAAUCUGAAUCUACUUCAUCUUCGCCAUUAUCAUCAUCAUCAUCAUCAUCAUCAUCAUCAUCAUCAUCAUCAUCAUCAUCAUCAUCAUCAUCAUCAUCAUCAUCAUCAUCAUCGUCAUUUAGUGGCGGAAGUAAAUCAAGUAAAUUAUCAAGUAGUACAAUUGCUGGUAUUACAAUUGGUUUUUUUAGUGUUGUUGGGGUUUUUGUUGAUAUAUUUUAA